CGCCUUUUCUACCUGGAACUAUCAGUCCUGCGUGAGUGUCUCGCGGACCUUCUACGCCCGUUAUCAUGUUCACCUGCCUUCUGGUGCCUUGAGCGGGCUCUAGAUGACUGGAUUCUAAUUUGUUGCUUAAUGGGCAAUGAUUUCUUGCCUCGCCUUGCUGGUUGGGGUAUUCCUGAAGGUGACAUGGAGCUUUUACUUUCCACAUAUCGAGAGGCUGUCUCAAUCUGGGGCGGCUGGCUCAUUGAUACUGGUCCUAAAGUGAAUGAUCCUAUCGGGAAAUUCCCAAGCCACGGCAGCUGGCCGAAGAUCCGGCUAGAUCGCCUUCGUGACUUGCUGAUUCGGCUCGCUCGUUGCGAGGAGCGUCAUGAAUUCUGGCUUCGCUUUCCCACAUCAGUUCAUGUAUCCCCUUCCGCCGAUUCUCAUCGUGAUGCAACCCCGCCGCCAAACCCUGUUUCUGAGAAUGAGGCCAUGUCAACCUCAGAAUCAUUUUCUUCUUUUCAAUCAGCUAAGGAGAAGGGAGCCAAGACUGACUCUUAUCCAAUAAACCUGAUGAACUUGGAGCCACAUUGGCGUGACCGAUAUUUGGCUGAUCAACUUAGUCUCACUGGUGACGACCGCAUGGAACAAGUAUCCAGACUGGCAGUUGAACAGUUUGCUACCGACUAUCUAGAUGGCCUGCGCUGGGUGAUGGCAUACUAUUUUUCCGGUUGCCCAUCUUGGCGCUGGUGUUAUCCACACCAUUACGCUCCGUUUGCCAACCAUUUAAUAACCUGUCUCCAGUCUUCAGAGCGUAUUAGCGAAAUUGAUCAAAUCAAGCCGGAGUACGGCUCUUCAACUAGUGAGUUGUGA